AUGUCAGCGGGAACUAUUGUUAUAACCGGAGGAAUUCUCGCCGGAGUGAUACUGCUGUGCAUUGUAGCAGUGCUCUGUUACUGUAGACUCCAGUAUUACUGCUGUAAGAAGAAUGAUUCUGAGGUGGACAUGGGCUCCGUGGUGGGAGCCGACCCCCUCUCUCACUUCCCCUGCAACGCCUGCAAUGCGCUCGCCAUGGAUGGGGCGGCCAUCACACCUGUCUCUCUGGAUCAGCUGGACACGGGCUCUCACCACAGCCACUGCCCCACCUGUUCACCAUACCCGCUCCGUUCCGGACUCACAGACGACAUGCGUAACGGAGGGGAGCGGCUGGGUUUCCAUACCUACUACGAGAACCCGUCCAUCUGCCCACAGGGCUCCUCCCCCCUGAGUUACUACAGUCCCACGGACAUGUUUCCUCCCCCGCCGCGCCCCUACAGCACCCAGGUCUGA